AGGCGCCUCAUGACAGAAUGCUUCAAGAAAGUUCAAAACUCUUUUGGUAGUAUAAGUCUUCUGUGACGUAGCCACGACGCGGUGUUUUUAUUCACAGCGCAAGCAAGCAAGUUGGCCGUGUGAUGAGUGUAUUAACUUUUGACCAGACCGUCGAAACAAGGCAGAAAAUGGAAGAUUCAUGUUUGCUGCGAUAAACACGCGGUGACUUUAGCGCAGAAGCCUGAACUUGCGUGCCUGAGGAACUGUCGCGAGGAAACAAAUUUGUGCUUUGAACAAGGGGAUAAAAGUACACAUUGUGCCUUGCGUACACAAAUCAAAGACUUCGCUUGAAAGAUAAUCAGUGGUGUCGUACAGACAUGUUAGACCGGCGCUUCGUGAUUUUGUUCGGCAGCCAGACAGGCACUGCUCAAGACGUGGCUGAAAGAAUCGGCAGGAAAGCGAGGCGGUACAGGUUUCGUGUGACUGUGCUGGCCAUGGACGAUUAUCCUCUAGCAGAGCUAAUCAAGGAAAAAUUAGUUCUGUUCGUGUGCGCUACUACGGGACAAGGCGAGGAACCCGAUAAUAUGAAGCAUUUUUGGUCGUUCCUUCUGCGAAAAAACCUGCCUCCAAACUCACUCAACGCAAUUAGUCAUUCGGUGGUUGGCCUGGGAGACUCGUCUUACUUGAAGUUUAACUUUGCCGCAAAACGGCUGCAUAGACGCCUAGUCCAGCUAGGUUCUCACUGCCUGCACGAACCCCUAUAUGCUGAUGAGCAGCACGAGUUGGGAACUGAUGGAAUGAUAGAUCCAUGGCUGGAAGAAUUCUGGAAGGUCGUUAUGACCUUGUAUCCCCUACCUCCCGAUUGCCUGCCUCUCAGCGAGGAGCUCUUGCCAGCGCCCAAGUACAGCGUUGUAUGUGACACGGCGUGUGCAGAUCAGUACACCACCUGCCAGCCUGACAUUGUUCGGGAGAAACUGUUUCAUGCCACUGUGGUCUCCAAUCAGCGAGUCACCGAUGUCGAACACUUUCAGGAUGUGCGUCUUAUUAAACUUGACAUUCAAGGUUCUCAAAUCACAUUCGAACCCGGUGACGUAGUGGUAGUCUACCCGGAGAAUUGUGAAGAGGAUACCGAUGAGUUUUUCAGACUAUUCAACAACUACAAACCCACCUCAUAUUUGACAUUUGCACCAACUGAAGAGGGCACAUCACUGCCGCAUUGUUUGUCAAAACAAGUAUCACUCGGUGAAUGCGUUCAGAAGUAUUUUGACCUCACAAGCAUCCCAAAGAGGUCCUUCUUUGAACUCUUUUGGCACUUUGGUGAAGACACACUUGAGAAGGAGCGUCUCCGGGAGUUUAGCACGACUGCUGGUCAAGAAGACCUCGUGGACUACGUCAUUCGGCCGCGGCGAACUGUACUGGAGGUGUUCGCCGACUUCCCUCACACCACGGCAAAUGUGCCUCUGGCAUACCUCUUUGAUUUGAUUCCACCCAUUCGCCCACGCUCGUUUUCCAUUGCCAAUUCACUGCUUUGUCACCCAGGGCAGAUUCACAUUCUGGCGGCCAUCGUAAACUUCCGCACCAAGCUGAAGAGGCCUCGCAGGGGCCUUUGCACCACUUUCCUAGCCAGCCUUCAUCCCUGCAGUCGGCCAAGUGUAAUAAUUGGCACGAAGAAGGGCAGCCUUCGGAUGCCUCCUGACAAUGCCCCUGCCAUCAUGGUAGGACCAGGCACUGGUUGUGCCCCAUUCCGUGGAAUGAUCCAGGAUCGUGCCCAUAGAGGAAUUGGCGAGAAUCUUCUCUUUUUUGGCUCACGCAAUGCGAAGGGGGACUUCUUCUUUAGAAAGGAAUGGAACCAGCUCGUGGAAGGAGGACUGCUUGACCUGGUGACAGCGUUCUCUCGUGACCAGGAGCACAAAGUGUACGUUCAGCAUCGUAUUGCCGAGCAUAAGGACAAGGUUAUGAAACUGCUGCGCGAUGGUGGAGUCGUGUACAUCGCCGGCAAUGCAAAGGACAUGGUGCCCAGUGUGCGUGAUGCUAUUAAAGCUGCGCUGAAAUCGGACUUUCACAGUGACAGAGAUGCGGAGGAACUGCUGAAAGACCUCGAAAAGUCAAGGCGGCUACAGAUAGAAGCCUGGUCUUAGCAUUCUCUCAGUGCACAGAUGUGUGAUUGCUCCAACUGCAGAUGAACCAGAGUGUCGACAAAAGCAUGUCACAAUGAUUUUUCGUUUUUGCCCCAAGGGCAUGCUGAUGAAAUCUACAUGCACAAUGUUCUCCAUGCCAAAGACGGACAGCUGACACACUUAUAACCUGCUUUCCUUAUGAAAUAUGCCUGAACUAUAUUGCAUGCAUAUUAAAUAAUGAAAGCAGGUGAUAAGUGUGUCACUUUGCUGUCUCUGACAUUACAUGAAAAAGGAGUGGUAUAUCUUUCAAGAGAUAUUGACAUGUUAAUGGACUGAUUGCAUGGUGUCAUGUUAGAAGAAAUUACAUCAAUCUUUUAUAUUAUUUGUGCACAUAUUCCUGAUAAUCGAGAAAAUAAUUGUUAGGUUCAAAUGAACGCUAGUCGCAACUUAAAUGCCAGUCCCGUCAUAUGUGCUUCUUUUGUUUUCGUUGUUGGCGCUUUUUAUAUGUAUGCUGUUAAGACGCCCCAAGCCACUUGAAUCAAGGUAUUGUAUGUGUUGAACGACGGUGGCGCCUCAAGAAAUGCUUUUAUGAUAAAGUUACAGACUCAUCAUUCAUGUGUACACUAUGUACCAUAAAAAGUCUGUAACCCUGUAAAUCUGUGAAUGAAUUUUCAUAACAGUUGUUGAGUGAGCUUUUUCUCGUUUGAUAUCAUUUGAGCACCUGCCACUUCUCUGAGCCACCUGUAUGACAAAAUUAAAUAAAAAGGACCAGUUGUGGACAACGCUUAAUUACAUAAGAUGUAGUGGGAGUAUUUUACAUAUAUUGAAGAACAGCAUGUGGAAGGGUAACAAAGAUCUAAUUGUGCUGGAUUAAAAUACCGUUGUGACAAAUAUUUUACGACUAACUUGAAGAAGGCACUGACUCUAUGAAAACUAAGUGUAGAAUGCAAGAUAUCUGACGAAAAGCUCAUAUAGCGCACGCAGGAAAUGACUUUUUUAAAAGGUCAUAAGUUCGGUCCCCGCCAACGGAAAGCCUUCUUUUGUACACUUUACUUCACAUUCACAUGAUAGUUACUACAGAUAACAACCCCUAUGCUUUCCUUGCCUUUCUUGUAUGUUAGUUCUAAUUAUGUUGUGACAAAAACUUGGUGCUUUCAACAACAGCACAUUCGUUAAAUUGAAAAGAAUGCUACAGACAACUUUGCGGGCCCUACGUGUGCCGUAGAUGUAUUUGGUCGUGUGAAGGCUGCUGGUAGUUCCAAUAAAAUUUUACUUACACUUAGAGCA